AUGGUUUGGACGAAAGAGAACAAAAUUUUCAAAACUGCAUUCGACGCUUGCGAAGGAGGUGUGAAGUUCUGGCGCGAGGGAAGAGCUGUUAUGUGUGAUUGGGGAGCAGAAAAACCUCGCCGUUCUCGCGCUCUAACGAUAUGGCUUGCGUUCAGGCUGAAUGGCUUGCAAGGGCUCCGAUAUUACGUCAAAAAC